AUUUUAGAGCGUCUGUAGGGAUUUCAUGGAAAUCAGAGCAGCGAUCUUAUCUGUGAUAUGUCACAUGAUUCUAUCAGAAUCAGCUGAUCCGAAGAAGAAGACGACAGAAUACAUCGGAUGUUACAAACAUAAUAGCACAACGUUUAGAUGGGAGAAUACAAGCGUCGUGAUUAAUGUUAACUUUACAACAGAUGUAUAUCAGGAAUGUCAAAGUAAAGCAAGAGUGCAAGGACACCAUGUAGCUCAGUUUGAGUUCGACGAACAUCAACAACUAUCGAUCAGGUGCAAACCUGAAACUAAGAUCAACAUAUAUGAAGCUCUGCUCUUCGAUCUUACUCCUGAAUGCUUUGGUAAAGAAAUUGAAAACGUUACAACGUCAAUUUACAACAUGUGUUCCGCUGCGGAACAGUGUCAAAUAUACGACCUUAUAGAAGCAGACUACAAUGUUGCAGAUGGCUGUUACUACGAAAGGCUGAAUAUUACUUUUGGUUGUAUGAACGACAGAUUGAUCAAGUUAACUAGAUUGACCAGAGGUACUGAUGAUCUGAAUCCUUUUGAUAUAAUAUUAUUAGCGUGCAGUCCUCUUUUGACGGUGUGUUGUGUAUGCACAUGUUAUUAUGUUAAUAAGGAGGACGAGGAGGACACCAACUCAACAGCUGCAACCAGUGGUACCCACUCAUCACCUGCAACCAGUGGCACCUGGAGCACCUACUCAUACCCAUUACCUGCAACCAGAGGUACCUACUCAUCACCUGCAACCGGUGGUACCCACUCAUCACCUGCAACCGGUGGUACCCACUCAUCACCUGCAACCGGUGAAACCCACUCAUCACCUGCAACCGGUGGUACCCACUCAUCACCUGCAACCGGUGGUACCCACUCAUCACCUGCAACCGGUGGUACCCACUCAUCACCUGCAACCGGUGGUACCCACUCAUCACCUGCAACCGGAGGUACUUACCCAUCACCUGCAACCAGAGGUACCUAUUCAUCAUCAUCAACCGGAGGUACCCACUCAUCACCUGCAACCGGUGGCACCUACCCACCUGCCGCAACCGGUGGAAUCUACCCACCACACGGAACCGUUGGAGCUAAGAUAUCUACCUUAUCUGACCACUCUCCGCCAAGUUACAAUGAUGUCAUUGACCUCCCACGGCUCCCACCGCCAAGUUACAAUGAUGUCACCACAAGUGGUGGAGGAACUACUCUACCAAUGACGGCUGGUUUGCAAAAACAUCCUCAUCAGUAAACAAGAUCAACUAGUGUUGACCCAGUUAAAUAGAUGACUUACCUCACCAAAUUGAGGUGAUAGAAAACAGUUACGGAGUACGGACUAACGGACUUAAUUAAA